AUGGCACACAUGCACAGCUUGGACAGGAUCUGCUUAGAACAGGUCAUUUUGGCUCUCGAGUCUUGGCUUGACAGUCAUGGGGUGACACAAAAAUCCAUGGACGGUCUUAACAAAGGGUUGGCCGCAGUAUUCCUGUCAACUCUGUGUCCCAAUAAUGUUUCAGCUUCGGUUUUCAAAAUGGAAUCAGUCCUGCUAGGAGCUGGCUAUGGCUCAGAAGAGAUCUUUGCCCGCUGUUCAGCUCUUUUGAAGGAAAAAGCUACGCCUUGUCCUAAGGGUCUGACACGGUUGAUUUUGGAGUUGACUAGCGCUCUUGCCUGCUUGCUAUCAGAUAUGUAUAACCCUAAAUGUGCUAAGCUGUAUCUGCAGGCUUUCCUUGGAAACAGAUCAGAAACAGUGAGGCUGGUCAAGGGUCGCCAUGCUGAGCAUUUACCCAGAAUAGUCAAAGCUUUUUUUGAGCAAAUGGCUCCAAAAUUCCCAAUGGUCUACACUGAGUGCAAACUGGAUAACAUAGACAAUUUUUCAGCUUCUGAUUCAGUUGAGUUUCUACUUGCUAUUUCACCUGAUAACACACUUGUAAGGGAGCUUCAGGCAGGUGUGUUGUUCUCCCAAGGCAAAUUUGAUGAAAGUGCUGAAGCUUUGACCCUGGCAUUACAAUUAAGUGAUACCCAGACAGAUGCAAAAACAAAUUUUGACUUGAUGGUACAAGGAACGCCACCAGAACGGAGAGCUAGUUUACUUGUGGCCAGAGCGGCUGCCUUAUUCUCAGCCGGUGGUCGAGUGAGUGAAGCUUGCCAAGACCUUGCUGAAGGUUUUGCUGUUUACCCAGCAACAGCCAGACACCAGUUCCAGAGGCUGUUCUCCAAAAACGGCACAGGAGCUCUAGUUCGUAUCGAAUUGAGGCAGCAGGCAGAGAAAGGACUCUCCAGUUUCAGAGAGACAGUUCUGCUAAGAUCUGACCUGCGUUCCACAGCUGGUAUGGAGCUCCUAGACCCCGUCAUUGCCCAGCUGCGAGCUCUGUGCCACCUGGAGCCUGGUGGAGGAGGUCGGGAACUUCGUGUACGAUUGGCAGACUGUUUGCUUCUACAUGGAGAAUUUAGAGAAUCUAUGUCUAUCAGCAGCCAGCUUGCAGCGGCUUCUCAGGCCCAACAAAGCUACCAAAACACAGUGCAGGUACUUCGUGGCUUUGCUCGGCUCCUUUCCGAAGACCAGCAGGGAGCUCUGAAGGAUUUCCAGGCUGUGAUUGAGUACAGUGCUCCUCAUCCUCAGAGCUGUGUGCGUGCGCUGUGCGGAAGAGGCUUGCUAAGGAUGAUCACUGGCUCACACUACCUGACUGCUCUGGACUACAUCACAGCAAGCCAGCUUCAGCCUCAGGACACUGCACUGACUGUGAGGUGCCUGGUACCAUGGAACUACCGUGGUCUGCUGUGCACUGUUUUGCUUGAGCAAGGAAGGACAAUGCUGGAGGAGUUUGGAGGGCAGAGAAAAACAAGUUCUAAUACAGUCCAGGACCAUGAAAUGAGCAACCAGGUGCCAUCUACACAACCAAAAGACAAUCACAAUCAAUCAGUGCCAACUAAAGAGGUGCACAACAUCAACAAGGACAGAAUAGCUGUAGGUGUGCAUGCUCUUGCUCUUCUACUGAUGGAGUUGCAGCCAGGUACAGAUGCGCCUCAGAUCCUCGCAGCAGAUGCUCUGUACCAGCUGAACCGUGCUGAGGAGUCAUAUCGUCUUCUCCUCUGCACAGAGCACUCGACUCCUCGCUCCCAGGUCCUUGCCCGACUUGCCCUGCUCCAGCUGCACCGCGGAUUUCUCUAUGAUGCCCACCAGCUGCUGAAGAAGCUUAUCCAGUGUGGAGACACUAGCUGUCUUGGCUCUCUGUUGUCUGUGACGGCUCUAAAAGACCGGACACUUCUGGAGAAACACUGUCACGAUGCAUCAAAACGCAUUCUGUAUAGUCAACAAGAGGAAAGUGCCAUUAGAAAGGCUGUGGCCUAUCUGUCCAUUGCCAUUAUGGCUUCAGGUGGUGAAGCAGUAGACUCAUUAUUGGAGAGGGCCAGAUGCUACACUCUGCUGGGCCAAAAGAAGACUGCUAUUUUUGACUUUACUGCCAUUCUUAAGGAGCACCCAGAUCAUGUGCCAGCUCUGUGUGGGAGAGGGUUCACCUAUCUCAUGCUAAACCAGCAGAAGGAAUCCACACAAGAUAUCCUGGCAGCACUUCAGGUUAAUGCUGAAGAAGUAACUCGGAGUAUUCUGUCCCUAAAAGACAAAGCACGGAAGCUUAUCUGCGAAUGGCUACAUCAGCAAUGCCGCUCAAGUCUUUCCACCACUGUAUCUACCAAUCCAGUCCACCAUCAACAGAAAUGUCUACAAGAAGUCUUUCUGAUCAGUUGCAUGCUCCGAAAAAUCAACAACAGGGAUCCAAGGUGGCACCUCCUCUAUAUAGACGUCCUGCUUGCCCGAGGGGAUAUAAAGACAGCUGGUGCACACCUCAGGGACCUCUUUGGUCAGGAGCCACGAGAUGCAGCAGCACAGGCCAGGUGUGGAGUGGUGGAAAGCUGGAAAAAGAACUUUAGAUCAGCAGCCAAGUGCUUAAGUGGAGUGUCUGAAAAAGAUCAGUCGGUGCUAGACUUUCUCUUGGCACUUAUUCAGCCUCAACAAAGAAAACAUCUGGCACAGGCAGCGUCUCAGGAGGCGAGCGGCGUGUCCGAGAGCGGCCACUGGCAGCAUGCGCUGGCUUUGCUCACCGUGGCCGUGCAAGCCCUGGGUGGCACGAAGCUCCAGCACCUUCGUCAGCGUGCAGCAUGCCUGGCGCAGCUGGGUCUCCAUGAGCGGGCGGUGUCAGAUCUGGACCAUGUCAUUCUCUGUCACAAUGAAGGGAACAAAGAAGAGGCCAAGGUGAGGGCGGAGGAUCUGUGCAGACGGGGUCGUAGCUCGCUGCUGUGUUCCCGGGACAAGGUGGCUGUAGAGGACUUCUCUCUGGCUUUGGAACUGCACACAGAGCAGGCACUGAUGUGUGUGGAGGCUGGACCGGGGAGGCAGCACAUGGCUGAGCUGUUUUUACGCUUUGCGCUGCAGAAUUAUGGAGAGAAGCAGCUGGACAAAGCCUGGUGUCUCACAGAGAGUGGCCUGAAGGUAGACAGUAACCAUGCAGAGCUACGUCGCCUUAAGGCCAGAAUCAACCGGGAGGUUUCUGGAUCAUGUAUUGUCCACUAAAAAAGCAAUAUUGACAUAAUAAGUGAGGUAACAAAUAUUUCACAGGCUAAAUUGAACUUUGUUGGAAAGGUUAAAUAGUCAUUUAUCUUGCUUAUUUUUGGGCUUCAUUUGUUUUAUGGUAGACAUUAAUCAGUGCUGGCGUGUCUGAAUACAUAUGGUGGGCAAUGCCUUCAAUCUGUAUUAUUUAUUUAUUUAUUUAGUAUUUAUUUAUUUAAUUUUUCCCUUUUGCAUCUUAGUUGGAUAUACUUAAUUCCCCUGUGAACCAUUCCUGGGCGAGGUGCUCCUCAGACUAACACAUGCAGCCUUUACACUGGCCCAUGGUUUAUUCUUACCGAGAGCUUCAGUGUUCAGGUGCACUGCCUGUGAUAGACUGAUGACCUCUCCGGGUUGUUUCUUCCCUCUAGCCCGAUGACCCUGACCAGGAUAAAACAAUAAUAAAACAGAUAAUGAAAUAAACGAAUUAAUUAAUGCUG